AUGGCGCAAGAAAAGGCAGCCAACGAUAUUGGCGAGCCUCCCGUCCACACGAGAAUACCAUACUGGCGCAUAGUCACCGAUCAAGCAGGGAUAACACAGGAAGUAGCCGACUAUCGAUAUCCUGGGUCCGGCACAGAAGCAGAUCCCUUCUUGGUGCAAUGGAUUCCCAACGAUCCCAGGAACCCAAUGCUAUUUAGCAAAGCGACAAAAUGGUUCAUCACAUUCAUGGUGUCGUUGACCACAUUAGCAGUAGCGCUGCUCUCAUCAGCCUACACGGGCGGCAUACGCCAAAUCAUCAUUGAGUUCGGCAUCUCCCAGGAAGUCGCGACUUUGGGCGUGUCCCUAUUCGUUCUCGGAUUCGCCAUUGGUCCUUUACUCUGGGCACCGCUCAGUGAACUCUUUGGACGCCAGUCGCUCUUCUUCGGCACCUAUGCCAUCCUCACGGCAUUCAACGCCGGUUGCGCCGGCGCCAACUCAGCCACAACCCUCAUCGUCCUCCGCUUCUUCGCCGGUGCCUUUGGCUCAUCUCCACUCGCCAACUCGGGCGGUGUCAUCGCCGACAUGUUCCCGGCCGCUGACAGAGGCUUGGCGAUGGCGUUGUUUGCUGCCGCGCCGUUCCUCGGACCUGUUUUGGGACCCAUCAUCGGUGGAUUCCUCGGAGCCGCGGCGGGCUGGCGAUGGGUCAUGGGUUUCUUGGCUGCGUUCUCUGGGACCCUUUGGCUUCUGGGUACCGCCCUCGUCCCCGAGACCUAUGCGCCGUAUCUGCUUCGGCAGCGAGCUGCGAAGCUGUCCAAGAUGACUGGCAAGGUCUACGUCAGCAAGAUUGAACACGAGCAGGGCAAGAUCAGUCUGGCAGAGUCGUUCAAGACGGCCCUAUCGAGGCCCUGGAUCCUGCUGUUCCGUGAGCCCAUUGUAUUGCUCCUGUCGCUUUACAUGGCCAUCAUUUACGGAACUCUCUACAUGCUGUUUGCGGCCUUCCCUAUCGUCUAUCAACAAGAACGAGGAUGGUCACAGGGAAUUGGCGGACUUGCCUUCCUUGGCAUCAUGGUCGGCAUGGUUUUCGCCAUCAUUUACACACUACCCGAGAACGGUCGGUACAAGCGAGUACAAGAGAGAAACGGCGGAUUUGCUCCUCCGGAAACCCGUCUUCCAUCAGCCAUGGUUGGAGGCGUGGCGAUUCCCAUCGGUCUAUUCUGGUUUGCUUGGACCAACAAUGCCGACAUCCACUGGAUGGUCAGCAUCGCCGCCGGCGUACCGUUCGGAUUCGGAAUGGUUUUGCUGUUCUUGAGCGUCAUGAACUACCUUAUCGACGCUUACACCAUCUUCGCGGCGAGUGUACUCGCCGCCAACUCCGUUAUCCGCAGUUGCUUCGGCGCUGCGUUCCCUCUGUUCACGACCUACAUGUAUAAAGAUCUCGGCACGAACUGGGCGUCAUCAAUCCCCGCGUUCCUGGCUCUCGCUUGCGUUCCGUUUCCGUUCUUGUUCUACAAGUAUGGUCCCGCAAUCCGAGCACGCUGCAAGUUUGCCGCACAAUCAGAGGCUUUCAUGGCGCGGUUGCGGGAAGAGGAUACGUCGUCUUCAGACAAGGAGCCGGAAGUUAGCGAUGCGGGGCAUUCCGAUGGCCGCAGUGGACAUGGCGGCUUUCACGGCAUCCGAGUGGUCAAUUGGAGGCCUGGCAUGUCAUCUGCCUUUUGUCGUGGCACCGUUUCGACCUGCGCUUUUCAUCCAUCGUCUCAUGGCAACAGGAGCAACUCCGCAGCCGGAGAUCAUCUUUUGCUGGGUCAUGAGUAG